AUGUGUGUAAAUGUAUCUAAAUUGUUGAAUUCAACAAUAUUUAAUUAUAAUUAUCUUCAUCGAAUAAAAUAUUAUCAAUUUCCAUGUGUUGAAAAUCUGAAAUUAAAAUGUUUUUAUGAUGAAAAACAUAUGUGUAUUUGUGAUAAAAAUCGAUAUUCAAAUUGUUUUGAUUAUAAUCAUAAUAUGAUUUAUAAUUGUCGAGGAUAUAAUUAUUGUCAAAAUAAUGGAAGAUGUUUUCAAGAUAAUGCAACUUGUCCAACAACAACGAUGUGUAUGUGUGAAAAAUGUUAUUAUGGAAAUAAAUGUCAAUUUAAUACAAAAGGUUUUAGUUUAUCACUUGAUGCAAUAUUUGGUUAUCAUAUUAAACCAUUUAUAUCAUUUUUUAAACAAUCAAAAUCAGUUAAAAUAACGGCAACAUUAACGUUUAUUAUGUUUAUAAUUGGUGUUAUUAGUGGACUAUUAUCAAUAUUAAUUUUUCGAAAAAAAUCUUCAAUGAUAGUUGGUUGUGGAAUUUAUCUUUUAGCAACAUCAAUUACAUCAUUAUUAACAAUCAUUAUUUUUACAAUAAAAUAUUGGCAACUUAUUUUUUUUCAAAUGAAUCUUAUAACAAAUCGUUCAUUUCUUUAUAUGAAUUGUUUAUUAAUUGAUAUGUUAUUAAAAUUUUUUCUUAGUUCAGUUGAUUGGUUAAAUGAAUGUGUUGCUAUUGAACGAGCAAUUACUAGUCUUCAAGGAAUUAAAUUUAAUAAAUUAAAAAGUCGAUAUAUAGCUAAACGUGUUAUACCAAUAAUAUUCUCUUUAACAAUUCUUACUUAUAUUCAUGAUCCAAUAUCUCGUCAAUUAUUUGAUGAUGAAGAUGAACAACGAACAUGGUGUAUUGUUAAGUAUUCAUUUCGAUUGAAAAUAUUUGAUAGAUUUAUUAAUCUAUUUCAUUUUUUAACACCAUUUAUAAUUAAUUUUCUAUCUAGUUUGAUUAUCAUUAUUAAAGUAUUUAGAACUCGAACAAAAACUCAAAAGAAAGUAAAAAAUACAACUCUUUUUUAUGUUCAAAUCAAACGACACAAACAUCUUAUUAUUGCACCAUGUAUUUUAAUUCUAUUAGCUUUACCUCGUUUAAUAAUAUCAUUCUUAUCAAAAUGUAUGGAAUCAACUCGUGAUCCAUGGCUUUUUCUUAGUGGUUAUUAUAUUUCAUUUAUUCCAUCAUUACUUAUCUUUGUAGUAUUUGUAUUACCUUCAAAAAAAUAUAAAGAGGAAUUUCUUAUUCUUAUAAGAAAAAAACCUCGUACGACGCAAUAG